AUGUCCGACCGCGCUACUCAGACGGUAAACAAUCCUUCCCAUGCCGACAUUCCUGUCAAUCCGUUCACCCCGUAUCCGAAUGUUAGCUCCUACCUGCUUGGGGACUGGCGCCACUCCGCACAAGGCAAGUUGACCGACAACACAUUCGAUCAACUCGUCAGGAAGGUUCUCCUCAACGAUCGCUUCAAUAUCGAUGAGAUCCGGGACACAAACUGGCAUAAAGUAGACGAUAGCCUGAGUGAUAACGACCAACAUCAUGGCCGUCUUCGACGAGAUGCGUGGAUCAAGACUGGUGUGUCGAUCUCGGUACCUCCGGCUGCCAAGGGUGAAAGACCCAAAGAAUACAUUGUCAAUGGCCUCCUCUACCGGCGGUUAGUCGACGUCAUCAGAUCCAUAUGCGAAGGUCCAAUGUCGAAAUUGUAUCACUGGGUCCCAUAUUAUCUCUAUUGGCAGCCGCCUGAUCCCACUGCAUCAAAAGUCCCCGUCUAUUCCGAGAUCUAUCACUCGGAGGCCAUGAUGAAAGAACACAUUGCCCUUCAACAAUCUCCACCAGAGGGUGACUGUCAGCUCCCUCGUAGUAUCGUUGCGUGCAUGGCAUGGUCGGAUUCUACACAUCUCACAGAUUUCGGAGAUGCAUCACUUUGGCCAUUCUAUCUCAUGUUCGGCAACCAGUCCAUGUACACCCGAGAACGGCCGUCAUCUCAUGCAUGUCAUCACAUAGCGUACAUACCAAAGGUAAUAGUCACAACCUGUUUCCAGAGAAAUAUCAACUCACAAGCCUCUAAUGCCGUUUUGACUCAUUGUCGCCGGGAGCUGAUGCAUGCAAUUUGGAGGUUGCUACUGGACAAGGACUUUGUCCAUGCGUACAAACAUGGGAUUGUAGUUCUUUGCAGUGACGGCAUAUGGCGGAGACUAUAUCCCCGGUUUUUCACCUACUCCGCAGAUUAUCCAGAGAAGGUCCUCCUGGUAACCAUACGGGACAUGGGUGCAUGCCCGUGUCCGCGAUGUCUUGUCCCAAAGACACUGUUCCCGGAGACAGGAACUAAGCGUGAUCUACGGCGUCGGACCCACCUUAAGCAUGUUGAUGAUCACCUUCGCAAAGACAAGGUUCAGCGUGCUCGACAGCUAAUCUAUGAAAAGGGAUAUAACGUGAAAAGUGCCGCCGUAGAAGGAAUCAUCAAGGGAGAGUCAUUAGUUCCGACGAUAAAUGCAUUCUCCGAGAGACUUGGCGAGUUUGACGGAUUCGAUCUCUUCACAAUGAUGGUGGUUGACUUGAUGCAUGAGAUCGAACUGGGGACAUGGAAAGAUAUGCUCAUGCAUCUCAUUCGCAUACUCCAUGUGGUUAAGCAGGGAAAGAUCGAUGAAUUUAACCAAAGGUAG